GGCAAAGGAAAUCAGUAUGAAAUCAUUAAAUUUGGGUUAACUAUAUUUUUUGUUACAUGGUUUGUUACAUUAAUUAGGUCAUAUUUAGUUGCCAUUUUCGAUUUAAUAAAGAAUAGAUUUUAUUUUACUGCCAAACUGUCCUACCCAGACUCUAUGUUUGUAUGUUUCUUAGAAUGGUUAAGUUCUCAAAAGACACUAUUUGGCACAAGGGGUGUUAGCGUUAUGACCCAUUAUCAAAAUGUGGAAGCUGAUGAUGGUGGAAAAAUAGACAUUAGAUUAUUACCAGUUGGAACCCAAUGGUUCUUAUAUAAAGGCAAGUUAGUUUCAGUUGUACGUGAAACAGCAACAAGAAGAUCUUUUGAUGGUAUCAAGGAUGAUCAUCUCGAGGUUACAGUUUAUGGUGGCGAUAAGAAGAUUAUUACAGAACUAUUGGAAACAGCUGUCGAAUAUUCUAUCAAUUUAAAUAAAGACAAGACUAAAAUUUAUAGUUUAGACUCAUCAGCAACUUUUUGGGAAUGUAUAGCAUGCCAAAAUAAAAGAUUAAUAGACUCAGUAUUUUUAAAUGAAAACAUCAGCGAUACAAUUGUAAAUGAUUUAUCCAACUUUACCCAUGGCAAGCAAUGGUAUUUGGAUACUGGUGUACCAUACCGUCGUGGUUAUUUAUUGUAUGGACCUCCAGGUAGCGGUAAAACAUCUUUUAUAUUGGCAAUUGCUGGGCACUUUAAUAAAUCAAUUAGUAUUAUGAAUAUGAGCAAGGGUAUUCAUGAUGGCAACAUUCAUUCAAUCAUUCAAAAGUGUAAUAAAGAUACCAUUUUAGUAUUGGAGGAUAUUGAUGCAGUUUUUGUAAAAAGAAAGAGUCAAGGUGAAAAUAACGUGUUAACAUUUUCAGCUCUCUUGAACGCUAUAGACGGUUUAGCUUCAUCUGAUGGUAGAAUUUUAAUGAUGACUACAAAUCAUUUGGAACGUUUGUCCCCAGCCCUUAUCAGACCAGGUCGUAUAGAUAUGAAAGUUAAAUUUGACUAUGCUUCGCCACACCAAGUAGACUUAAUGUUCAAGAGAUUCUUUGACUCCAAAUAUCACCAUAUGCUCAACGAAAUUAAAUCAAAACUUUCAAAUAACCCAAUCAGUACAGCUCAACUUCAAGGUUGGUUUAUUAUCCAUCGUGAUAACCCAACCAAUCUUUUACCAACUUGCGAUGAAUUUUUAUCUCAAUGUUUAUCAGAAGUUUUAUCAGACGAUAAAGUUACCAAAGAAAUGUUAAAUAAUGGCACCAAUAAAAAUAGUAGUAAUAAUAACAGCAGUAAUAUUAGUAGUGAAGAUAUCACUGAUGAAGAUGACGAGGAAGACGAUGAGGAAGAUGUUGAAGAUGAUAAUAAUAGAAAAGAUCCAAAUCAAGAAAUACAGUCUAGAGAUAUGAUUAAAAAACAACAAAUCC